AUCUCUGAGCUGCUGCGACAGACGUCAGGCGCCGCGCCCUGAUUCUUAUCUGAGCAGUAGGUGGUGGGGUAGCAUAGACACAGGCUGCAGUGAGAGGCGUGCUACUACUGUGCAGUACCUGGUGUGCGGCUAUCCAGCAGGAGUCCGGCUCCUCACCCCACCCUGCACACAAGACUGUGAGAAAGUGGAGCUCCUGUCCCUUCAUUUCUACACCUGAGAAGAAUCCGGCCAAGGGCGAGGUCGCAUUCUGCGCUUGCGCGCACUCCUCUGUCUGCUGACUCCUCCAGAGUGGAGCGCAAAAAAAACACUUAGAGAUUAUCCCCAGUUGAAGAGGCAAAGUAAAAGUAAACCUCCCUCACGUCUGCAAAUUCACCCAUUCCUCAGCAUCAAGAUGGUGCACGGCGGCAUGAAGUGUGUUAAAUACCUACUGUUUGGCUUUAAUUUCUUGUUCUGGCUUGCAGGAACUGCAGUCCUGGCAAUUGGAUUAUGGCUCCGUUUUGAUCCACAAACAAAGAGCAUAUUUGAAACUGACCAACAUCCCACUACAUUCUAUAUCGGUGUCUAUAUCUUGAUUGGAGCUGGUGCACUGAUGAUGAUUGUUGGCUUCCUAGGAUGCUGUGGUGCAAUUCAGGAGUCUACAUGCAUGCUUGGAUGUUUCUUCUUGUUUCUCCUCGUCAUAUUUGCAGUUGAAAUAGCAGCGGGAAUAUGGGGCUUUCUGAAUAAGGAUAAGGUCACUAAUGAAGUGAAGGACUUCUAUACUUCCUUGUAUGGUGAAUGCCUCAAAGAUAAAGAGGAGAGUAAGCUAGCAGCUCUCAAAGCAAUACAGGAAGGACUGAAUUGUUGUGGAAUGGGAGGACCAGUGGAAAUAUUUUUGCGAUCUACCUGCCCAUCUAAAAACAUUGGUGAAAUGUUUACUACAAAGUCAUGCAUCACAGCCAUUGAUGACAUUUUCAACGACAAGCUUUACAUCAUUGGGGCAAUUGGGAUUGGCAUUGGGAUUGUAAUGAUUUUUGGCAUGAUUUUCAGCAUGGUGCUGUGCUGUGCCAUCCGCAACAGCAAAGAGAUGAUUUAAAGAGUGGUUUAAAAAUACUCGUGCCAUUCACCAAUGGAAUGCGUUUUUGCCUAAUAUUUGCUUCUUGUUAACAGCUUAACUUUAGCAUUUAAUUUUUUCACUUUUUUGUAUUCAGUUUAAAAUCUCGUAACUUUUUUAAAAGCACUUCAUCAAUUUAAUGUGUCCACAUUUUGUUUAAUGUUUUGUUGUUUAACAAGUUGAGAAAUCAGACAGUAAACUUUGAACCUUAAAGAAAACUUCAAAUUUAUCAAUAAAUUUAAAGAUAUAUAUAUUUGUUUUAUCUGUUUAAAUUGGAAAUGUUUGAUGCUCUAGAAAGGGUGCAGAAUCUUGGAUUCAGAAUUUAAGAUGCUGAGCUAGUUAAGCUAAAUAGGUAUUACAAAUAUUAAAUGUUUUGUCAAAAUGUGAUGGCUCAAAUGAGCACAUGCUUAUAUGGAAUCUUGGCCUUACAAUAAAUCCUUGAAAAUAUUUUGAUUAAAAAAGUUAAAAACUGUAGAUACCAGAUUUGUCUCAGAAAAUAAAAUUUGAAUUUGAACAUUCA